CACUCUCUUUCAACACUGCAGAGGCUGACUGCAACGUCAAAAAAAAAAAAAGAAAGAAAAAAAAUUAAGAAAACCCCACUAGCAGCCAUUUUACGCUGGGAUAGCAUCUAAAGUCUCCUCAAGACUUAAAUAGCUAUUUUUUGCUAUGGGUAUACGGUAUUAGUACUACUGACUGUAUCUUCUCUCUGUCACAGGCCUGUUACCACCACUACUACUCCUGCUGGGGACAUGCUUAAAUGGUGAUCCCUUAGAGCCCCUUAUCUGUUGUCAUCCCACCAGUUCCUUAUUACUUGUGCAAGCGGCGAAGACAGAAUGGACGAUACGUACCGGGACAGGACAUCAUUAGUUAAGGGGGCGAAAGAAAUCGCAAGGGAGGCGAAGCGGCAAGCUGUGAAGAAAGUGAACAAAGCCGUGGACCGGGCACAGGACGAGUACACCCACCGCUCCUACAGCCGCUUCCAGGACGAGGAGGAGGAGGAGGAAGACUGCAAUUACAAGCAGGGCGGCCAGUACGGAGAGCCAGCCAACGAUGACGAGGGCUCCAGUGACGCCACGGAAGGCCACGAUGAAGAAGACGAAAUCUACGAGGGCGAGUACCAGGGCAUCCCCAACACGGGCCAGGCCAAGGACAACCAGGUUGACCUGGGGCAGGCCGUGAUGGGCAAGGACCGGCGGGAGCUGGAUUCAGAGCGCCAGGCUGACGAGGAGGAGCUGGCCCAGCAGUACGAGCUCAUCAUCCAGGAGUGUGGGCACGGCCGCUUCCAGUGGCAGCUCUUCUUCGUUCUGGGCAUGGCUCUCAUGGCAGACGGGGUGGAGGUCUUCGUUGUGGGGUUUGUGCUCCCCAGCGCAGAGACAGAUAUGUGCGUCCCCAACUCUGGAGCAGGGUGGCUGGGCAGCAUUGUGUACUUGGGGAUGAUGGUGGGGGCGUUCUUCUGGGGUGGCAUGGCGGACAAGGUGGGCAGAAGGCAGACGCUGCUGAUCUGCAUGUCUGUCAAUGGAUUCUUCGCUUUCCUCUCCUCCUUUGUUCAAGGCUAUGGGUUGUUCCUGCUCUGUCGCGUGUUCUCAGGGUUUGGAAUUGGAGGAGCCGUUCCAGUUGUAUUCUCCUACUUCGCUGAGGUGCUGGCGAGGGAGAAGAGAGGAGAGCACCUGAGCUGGCUGUGCAUGUUCUGGAUGAUAGGAGGAAUCUAUGCCUCAGCCAUGGCUUGGGCCAUCAUACCACAUUAUGGCUGGAGUUUCAGCAUGGGCUCAGCCUACCAGUUUCACAGCUGGCGAGUGUUUGUGGUUGUAUGUGCCUUUCCCUGCGUCUGCUCUGUCGUGUCUCUCACCUUCAUGCCAGAAAGCCCAAGAUACUUUUUGGAGGUUGGAAAGCAUGACGAAGCCUGGAUGAUUCUUAAACAGAUCCACGAUACCAACAUGAGAGCUCGUGGGCAGCCAGAAAAGGUCUUUACUGUUAACAGAAUCAAGACUCCGAAGCAGAUUAAUGAGCUGAUUGAGAUGCAGGCUGAGACUGGAAACUGGUUUUCAAGGGGCUUCGCACAAAUCCGCUCAGAGCUCUAUGGGAUUUGGUUGACGUUUAUGAGGUGCUUCCACUACCCUGUGAAAGAUAAUACCAUUAAGCUUGCGAUCGUCUGGUUUACACUGUCUUUUGGUUACUAUGGCCUGUCCGUCUGGUUUCCUGAUGUCAUCAAUCACCUGCAGUCUGACGAGUACGCAUCAAGGGUCAAAACCUUCAGCAAGGAGAGACUCGCCAACUUCACUUUCAACUUUACUUUGGAGAACCAGAUCCACAGUGACGGAGAAUACAUCAACAACAGGUUCAUUGGCAUGAAAUUCAAAUCAGUAACCUAUAUAGACUUCACCUUCAAGAACUGUUACUUUGACGACGUUACUUCACUGAGCACAUACUUCAGGAACUGUACCUUUUUAGAAACCACCUUCUAUAACACAGAUAUCGAGGAAUCCAAGUUCAUCAACACAGAGGUGAUAAACAGCACGUUUCAUCACAACAAGACUGGCUGUCAGAUGACCUUUGACGAUGACUAUAGUGCCUACUGGGUCUACUUUGUGAACUUCCUGGGCACGCUAGCAGUGCUGCCUGGGAAUAUUGUGUCAGCGCUGCUCAUGGAUAAGAUUGGACGCUUGACAAUGUUAGGUGGCUCUAUGGUCCUUUCUGGAAUCAGCUGCUUUUUUCUGUGGUUUGGAACCAGUGAGUCGAUGAUGAUAGGAAUGCUGUGCCUUUACAAUGGCCUUACUAUAUCAGCCUGGAACUCCCUGGACGUGAUCACUGUGGAACUCUAUCCAACAGACAGGAGGGCGACUGGGUUUGGAUUCUGCAAUGCGCUCUGUAAAUUGGCAGCAGUGCUUGGAAACCUGAUAUUCGGCUCGCUGGUUGGCAUCACCAAGGCCAUCCCCAUUCUACUAGCGUCCACCGUCCUGGUCGUGGGCGGCCUUGUGGGACUCCGGCUUCCGGACACGAGAGCCAACGUGCUCAUGUAACCAGCCGAGCCCUGAGGACCUGCUUCCAGGUGCCUCACUCACGGGCUGUAGAGGUGCAAAAGGGUUAGAUACUCAGCAGAUCAAAGAAACUACUCACAUCUCUUAAUGUUUUAAAUACCGUCCCAGCAGAUCCACUUUGGGAUUGAAGAGAACAAGAAUUAAACAGUCACCAAUAUUACCCAUUCUAGGUCAGCCUAUUCUCCAUUUUUGACGCCACCAUGUCUAUGUGAUUUAUUAACAUUCAUUAAGUGAGCCACUGUAUUGUGUUAAGAAAGCACCCACAGUAACCCUCAAACUUCUCAAACCACUCCUACCACUGUAUUCUUAUUGUGUCUUGUGAUGUUUAAAUACAUCACACAGGCUAGGGGUUGAGUAUUAAACACAUUACAGCUCACUUGUGAAAUGCAGUCUGAUGCAAAUCUAGUAGAGGUGGAUGGUACAGUAUAUAGACAUAUAGCAGUGUAUCGAGGAAUAGGAUACCAGAUUACAUUAUCAGCCACAGACUGAAUACAGAUACACCCCCUCAGCCAUCACCGGCCUUUUCAAAACCUUAAGUCUGAUAUCUUUGAGAAUCAAACUGCGAAUAUCUGAGCCUUUUGCACCAGAUUACAUUUUAAGAUGGAAAAGGCCAUAGUAAAUAGAAAUGCAGUUCCAUAUUCAUAUCUCAACUGUGUGCCAUUUUAAAAGUAUGAUUUUGUUUCUGCUUUUUUGUUUGUAUAAUAGUAGAAAUAAUUCUAAACACCAAUGCAUUGGAGGGAACACACAUUAGACUUGUCUUCUGACACCUUCAUUGUUUCCCUGUUAAGCAAGCUUGUUGUUAAGAGCUUCCUCUGUCAAGGAAUGCAUCUUUAUGCAUAUUCUGUACCGAAUGCUUCUGAAGUGGCAGUACCUGUUGUAUAAGCCAUUCACCUGCGCAUAUUUUAAAACACUAAAUGGCCUUUUUAAUGCUGUGCCUGUUUCAUUUAGAAGCCUUUAAUAUUAAGGAAUAGCGUCUUUGUUUUUUUUAGAUCUCUUAUAAUGAUUUUUUUUUUCAUGCAGUGCCAAAUCCAAGCUUAUUAACAAUUCACGUUCUACAUGUCUUCAUGUUUACAAAAAUGUAUGAAUUCCUAAUCAGUAUGAAUAAGGUUUUACCAGUCGGAGCUCUCGUGACUCUGAUUCUACUGUAGUACCCGUCACUUCUCUGUAACAUACAACCUCUCUGUGCAAUAUACCUGUUAUGUCUGUGUCCUGCUGUGUCCAGCUGAUCUGAUUGAGAUCAGUCGAUUGAAUGGCACGUUAUCAAGCAUAGGAAUGGGCCAGUAGGUACAUAGUAGCCUACUAAUCCCUAAAUCUACCCCCUACCCCUAAACCUAAUGUCUACCAAUAAACCUAACUGUGUUACUAUUAAAUUAAUUUUUACUAGUAUUUUAACACUGUUUUUCGCGCCCUCUAGCGGCUACUACACCCGACGCCCAUAAAUCGCUUGAUCCGGAUCUACUCUACCAGUUAGUAAGCUAGAAGGUACCUACCUACUGGCCCAUUCUUAUGGGAUGAUUUUUGCUUGAUAACGACCCAUUCAAUCGAUUGAUCUCAAUCAGAUCGGGUGCAGAGUCUGUCUGUUGUUUUUGUGUUUGUAGCUACUAUAAGAACCGUACCGCAACUGUAACAAUUAUCUUUCUGAUAUAUGUCAACUCUGGUUUGCUUGCAAAGACCCAUUGCCAGGAUUUUUAAUUUUUUAUUUUAUUUAUUUAUUUAUUAAUAAUUAGCAUACCUAUUUUACAGAAACCUUUGAAUGAUGUCUGAAUUAAAUACUAUUAUAUAGACAUAGGAACACUGUAGUGCCACAAUGGCUAUAGCGGCGCUGUCAUUUUGAAUUCAAUUGAUUACAUUCUCAACUCCUUUCUGUUUCUUCCUCUUGUGACCGACAUUCAAUUACAAAUGUCUUUACGCUUUGUUGACCUUGGUCAUUACUAUACUGAAGUAAUUUCACAACCUCCAAGAACGCCUUCAUUCGGAACACUGAAAGUCAAAUUGCUUGUUGCUUCGGUCGAAAUAAGUCUCUCACAACCACUGCUGUUGUUCAAACAUAAAAACAGCAACACAGGCGCGCACACACACGCACCGACUCACACAGACACACUCAUAAACACAGCCACACACAUUUUCUGUUGUGAAAUUUCUUCAAGCUGAUUAAAACUGACGUGGAUAAAAACAAUCUCGUUGGUGUUAAAAUUGCCAUUUAUAAUGAUAUGUGGUACGUAUGCAGGAGGCGGCAACAGUUAGUGAGGGUACUGAAAUAGUCCAGGGGUGUUCACUUACAGCUAGGACUGUGAUUCACAUUGUCUUGUAAGAAUGUUUUAUUUUCUUCUUUUUCAUAAAUAUUGUGUGUGUGUGUGUCUAUAU